AGGGAUGGGAGCGCGGCCGGGCUCCUGGCAUCGCCACCUCCGUGUUUGUACCCACUGAGCAAAUAUACACUAAAUGAGACUCAAACAGGCACAGCCAAAGGAACGGCCGAUUCUGUCCUUUCUUCUUAAUCCCUUUGGCUUAGGGUUUCCCGGCCUGGACAGCCUGUCCGAGGGGAAGGCUGCCCAAGGGCACCCGGGCAUCCGUCCGCGGACAUUCAGGCAGUGACCAAUCCCCGGCCGUCCUGGCAUGCGCCCUGCAUCGUGGGCCAUUUCCCAGCCGGCCAGUGGGGAGAAGGCACUGUGGGUCCCCGGGUCUUGGUGAGAUGGUCAAGGAUGGACCUGUGAUGGAGACCGGCGUGCGGCCAUGUCCGUGCGUGAAGAAGGCACUUGGGUUGGGACGGAGGACAUCUUUGCCAUCCCCUCGGCCAAACCAUGAAAAGCAACCCUCUCCCCCCAUCCCCCAGCACCAACCCGGAGACCACCUUGGGCUGGAGCCCAGCACGGCCACCGCCUCGUCUCGGCUGUCCAGCUUGGGACAGACAGCGUCCAGCCCCAGCUCCAUGGACACAGACCGUCCCCUCAGCUUUGUGUCCGCCGCUGGACGGGACCCCCGCUGCCCAUGUGGAUGGCAGGGGACGGGGGCGCCAAGGGCCCCCACAGCCACACACGGCUGCACAAAAUGGCUCCCAUCUUGCUUCCUCAGCAAGAAGGAAGAUGCUGCUCUUUGGAUGGACGGCUGCUGCCCACCCCAUGCCCAGCCCCUCCUCUCCCCUGGAGUGGCCGUCAGGACGCUCUUCCCUCGGCCACGGGGCUCCGUUCCCCGCCCCUCCCCACCCCGAGUCCUCUGCCUCUUUCAGGCUCGCGUUUGUCCCCUUCCCCAAGGCCCCAAGCUCUCUCUCCCCCAAAUCCUUCCUCUUCUCCUCCACGUCCCCUUGUCCCCACGGAACACCCUCUGCCCUUCCCGAGCUCUCUCUCACGCGUGGUGCAGUUUCUGUCUGGCCUCCUGGCUCCCUCCUUUCCCCAGAGGUGCUCCGGGCCACCCCGAAACUCUCACCCCCUUCCUGCUCUGCCUCUCAGAGCAGUGGGAGGGCAGCAGGGAGAAAGAUGUAGUGAGACUCUGGGCCAUGACGGUGGUGGCCUGGGGGUCCUGGGGGUCGAGGUUGCUGACUGACGCCCCAGGAAGCCAUGCCGGCGGGCGGGGACGGGUGCGUAAGCCAUGGGGGCCAGGGGGUUUCUCUGUGGAACCGCUGGAUGGAGAACCUCAGCCAGGGGCGGCUGCAGCCUGUCCUAGGACAGGGGCGGGUCUCACCUGGCGGGGCCAUGUCUGUCCUGGGCAAGUGAGUGGUCACUGCACUGGGGCCUGAGCAUCUCAGGAGGGGCAGCUGAGCCCUGGCGGCUGCGGGCACCUUGUGAGUUUGGCCGAGGCCGCCAUGUUCCGGCGCUGGGUGAAGGCGCGCUGCCGCUCACCUUGCCACAUGACCCUGGGGCCCCGCUGAAUUGCUCAUGAGCCUCAGAACCUCGGUGGGAUUGGACUUGGGGUCCCUGGAAAGGCAAGGGCACUGGGGAUCCAGAAAUAACGCGGUCCCCCAGCCAGCAGGGCCACGGCCUUACUCGAACAGGUCUUCCCGUCCCAAGAGACCUGCUGGCCUUUGUCUGGCUCCUGUUCCUGGGGGCCAUGGCCACCUGCGGGGCUCCAGGCGGGUCCAGGUGCCCUCCUCCCAGGGCUCGCCUGCCUCUCUCUGCAGCCU